GCAGGGAUCCACUCAGCAGACUCUUGACACUGUGUACACUGAGACUCAGCAGCCAGUACUGGAGAAGAGUGAACUACCAGAGGACUGGAGCACAAAGUUUGAGCUUUUUCCAAUUUGACGCCAGUGACCGAGAGAAAAAGUUGCUGUUGGAGAUGACUGGACUAUCACUUCAGGAACAACAUCCCUCCAAUUUGGGAACGUUUCUCUGUCCUGAGAGCUUGAGAGUUACUAGAACAGUUUGAUCGAAGAGGCACAAAUACUGGAGGAUUUCUACCUCAGCUGGGAGUUAGGCACACUCAAAGAGGAUCAGUUGCAACCUUGUUGUAUAAAAGUCAUAGCUGCAACCAAACUCCAGGAUGAAGAUUCAUCUCCUCUGCUUGGAGUUAUUCCUGUUGGCGGGUCACACCCUUGUGGCCAGGGGGCAGUUGGAGCCAAAGAAACAAGCGCCCCAGGAUGUUCUCACUGUUACCCAGAGACUUGGACUCGUAGAGAGAGAUGUGCAGGGUCCCGUGAGGCCCAACAUCACCAUGCCCCGCCGCUGGCUGCCCCCCAUGUGCACUGGACCCACAGAAAUCCGAGACACCUUCAAGUACAUCAAUACGGUGGUGUCCUGCCUGGUGUUUGUUGUGGGAAUUAUUGGUAAUUCCACUCUGCUUAGAAUCAUCUAUAAGAACAAGUGCAUGCGUAAUGGGCCGAACAUCCUAAUCGGCAGCUUGGCACUUGGAGACUUGCUGCACAUCAUCAUCGCCAUUCCCAUUAAUGUUUACAAGCUCCUGGCAGAGUACUGGCCUUUUGGAGUGACUCUGUGCAAGCUGGUGCCGUUUGUCCAGAAAGCCUCUGUGGGUAUCACAGUGCUGAGUCUGUGCGCUUUGAGUAUUGACAGGUAUCGUGCCGUGGCAUCCUGGAGCCGUAUCAAAGGGAUCGGAGUUCCAAAGUGGAUGGCUAUCGAGAUAGCGCUCAUUUGGAUAGUAUCCAUUGUCUUGGCUGUGCCAGAAGCAAUAGCCUUCGACAUGAUCACCAUGGACUACAAAGGAGAACACUUAAGGAUCUGUUUGCUUCACCCCAUGCAGAGAAACGGCUUUAUGAGGUUUUAUAAAUCAGUGAAGGACUGGUGGCUGUUCAGUGCAUAUUUCUGCCUCCCAUUGGUCUGCACUGCUAUUUUCUACACCCUGAUGACCUGUGAGAUGCUGAGGAAGAAGAAUGGAGUCCAAAUUGCUCUCAGUGACCACCUCAAGCAGCGAAGGGAGGUGGCUAAGACUGUGUUCUGUCUGGUUCUGGUCUUCGCUCUGUGUUGGCUGCCUCUCCACCUCAGCCGUAUCCUGAAGCUCACCAUCUACGAUGAGAAAGAUCCAAACCGCUGCGAACUGCUCAGUUUCUUUUUGGUGUUGGACUACAUUGGCAUCAACAUGGCAUCUAUCAACUCCUGCAUCAACCCAAUCGCCCUCUACAUGGUCAGCAAGCGCUUCAAGAAGUGCUUCAGGUCCUGCCUGUGCUGCUGGUUCCUACCGGCUGAGAUGUUGAUGGAUGAGAAGCAGUCAUGCAUGAAGCUGAAAGUCACAGAACGAGCCUCCGACCAGAGCAACUCCCGCACAACUAACAAGUCCACUACAGCCUGAAGAGGCGCAUAGAGGUGCGAAAGGAGGAAAGAUGAUGGCAAACACCCUCCCCCCCUCGCAGUAUGUCUGACUGAAUGAGGAUAAGUGUUCAUUCUGACCGAUCUACAAUAUCAUUUGAAGUCUCCUUCAACUUCAACAGACGUGUAUUUGGAUAUUAAAGAGAUGAAAUGCUUCUAUCUUAAAACUGUGAACACUUGCCAUAAUGGAUCGCUGCACACUCACCCUGUCCAAAACAAAAUAAGCAUCGGUGCAUUCCAAAAACUGCAUUCCUGCAUAACAAGAAGCAGGCAAACACCAAAUAUUGAGAAAUAAGCACAAGCGUAAUGUAAAAUUGAGGGUCAAGGGUCGAUAAUCAAAGACAGCCCAUCGGGCUCGCAGCCUGGAUAGUGAAUGUUUGACGCUAUGAAUCUUGCAAUCAUUUCUGCAUUGUACAGACUACAUUUGAGUGUGCCGCUGCGUUGCGUGUUGUUACCUAACACUAAAGCAACUUGGAAGAAUUUUAACAGUGAAUGUCAUGCUCUUGUUUGAGAUUUGUUUACGUUAUUUUAGUAUGUAUUUCCUUUUUAAUAUAUGUAUGUAUUGAG